GACGAGACAUAUUAAAGUCGUAAUAGUAAUUGCGCGAAAACCGUUUCAGACUGUUCAGUCUUUCUUCGUUUUUUUUGUUUUUGUUUUAUUUUUUCAACACAAAUUUUCAAAGAAAAUUUUCGUGGUACGACCAUUUUACUGGUCUGGAUUGAUAUUAAUCAGACCAGCAGUACUAAGAACAAAAUCGGAGGAAUUUUUUACAUUAAAAACUCUAAACUUGUUUUUAACGGGACCCCACUAACUAAGUCCCCAGAAAUCGUAAAGAGAAAGGUAUUAUAUACUCUAGAACGACAGGCCAGCAUUUAGUUUAACGAGAAACACGGUCGCGUGUUUAUACAGUUGACCAACCGUACGGGUCAAUUGUUAAUUAAAUAUUCGAUCAUUCAUUCAAGAUCAGCAUUUGAAACAGUGAAAGAGAUUCGUUUAUCGUUGAUUAUUUUUUCGCCAGAUUUUUACAGUUUGAAUUUAAAAUUUUUGUCGUCGUAACGUUGACUUAAGAGUGCUUAAUUCGUACUGGUGCUAAACACAAAAAAGAAAAAGAUUAAAAUCAUAUUAAGCUGUAAAUGAGCAUAUGAUCAUAUGUUCUUUGGAUAAAACAUUCUUUCAUUAUUUGGAUUAACGAUUAUUUAUUUGGACUACAUCAAGAUGGGAGUCAAAUGGAAACCUAGUGCCACUUUAUCUGUGUUUUGUUUGUUAUGUUCCAUUUUAGUGGUAGAUUGUGUUAAAGUGCAAACAAAAAGAGUAAAAGAUACAGACAAAUCUGAUCAGUCAACGUCCGCAUCAUCAUCAUGGUGGCGAUCGCACAUAACAACGCCCGGAUCAGAUAUAGCAUUAGAUAGUAAUUUUUUUUCAGCCACUCAUGGCUUAGUGCAAACACACCCAUCACUGAGUGGUGGUGUGUCGCGACCAUUGGGACGACAAACUAGUGGAACACUAUCCGGCAGCAGUAGUAGUAUACCCACAAUUGUACAACCAAAUCCGAAAUCACCGUUCCGUCAUCUGGACUUUGCGACCAGUGCCACGGCCGAAUUAAGAAGAAACCCUAGUCUGUCUGCACCAGAUGAGUGUGCCCGCGCUUGUCGCGAAGGAGAACCACCUAGAAUAUGUUAUUAUCAUUUUACAUUAGAAUACUACACUGUAUUAGGAGCUGCUUGUCAAGUAUGCACGCCAAAUGCAACAAAUACCGUAUGGAGUCACUGUCAAUGUGUGCUAGCUGAUGGUGUUGAACGCGGUGUUCUCACGGCCAAUCGUAUGAUUCCUGGUCCAAGUAUUCAAGUUUGCGAAAAUGACAAAGUCGUCAUUGAUGUGGAAAAUCAUAUGGAAGGUAUGGAAGUGACCAUUCAUUGGCACGGUAUUCAUCAACGUGGAUCCCAGUACUAUGAUGGUGUACCGUUCGUAACGCAAUGUCCAAUUCAACAAGGAAAUACGUUCAGAUAUCAAUGGACAGGUAAUGCUGGUACGCACUUCUGGCAUGCACACACUGGACUUCAAAAGAUCGAUGGUCUUUACGGUUCCGUUAUCGUUCGGCAACCACCGUCAAGAGAUCCAAACUCUCAUUUAUACGAUUUCGAUUUGACCACGCACAUUGUCCUAAUCAGCGAUUGGUUGCACGAAGAUGCCGCUGAACGUUAUCCCGGUCGAUUGGCUGUGAACACUGGACAAGAUCCUGAAUCGAUGUUGAUCAACGGUCGCGGUCAAUUCAGAGAUCCUAAUACUGGAUUCAUGACGAACACGCCAUUGGAAAUUUUCACAAUAACACCAGGACGUCGGUACCGAUUCAGAUUGAUCAAUGCCUUUGCAUCGGUUUGUCCUGCUCAAGUGACGAUCGAAGGACAUGGAAUGACUGUGAUUGCAACAGACGGAGAGCCAGUACAUCCUGUAAAUGUGAACACCAUUAUCUCAUUCUCAGGUGAACGUUAUGAUUUCGUGAUAACUGCCGAUCAGCCAGUUGGCGCUUAUUGGAUGCAAUUGAGAGGCUUAGGUGAAUGUGGUAUUCGACGUGUGCAACAACUUGCCAUUUUACGUUAUGCUAGAGGUCCAUAUCAACCUGCAUCAGCAGCGCCGACAUAUGAUGUCGGUAUUCCGCAAGGAGUGGUCAUGAAUCCAUUGGAUGCACAAUGUAACAGACCACGUGACGAUGCAAUUUGUGUCAGUCAAUUGAAAAAUGCUAAAGACAUCGAUCGAGCUGUGCUCCAGGAUAAGCCGGAUGUGAAGAUUUUCUUACCAUUCCGAUUUUAUUUGUAUCGCGUUGAAGAGCUUUUCCAACCCAACACCUACAACCGGUUUUUGGUUGCACCAACUGGUGAUCAUGUGAUAUCCCUCAUCGACGAAAUUUCGUAUCUAUCAGCCCCAGCACCGCUCAUUUCACAGUACGAUGAAAUUAAUCCCGAACAGUUCUGUAACGGUGACAAUCGUCCAGCUGAUUGUGGACCAAAUUGCAUGUGUACCCAUAAAAUUGAUAUUCCAUUGAAUGCAAUCGUUGAAAUCGUAUUGGUUGAUGAAGUACAACAACCAAAUCUUAGUCACCCCUUCCAUUUGCAUGGUUAUGGAUUCAAUGUUAUUGGUAUUGGUCGAUCACCCGAUACAAAUGUGAAGAAAAUUAAUUUGAAACAUGCACUCGACUUGGAUCGACGUGGUCUCUUGCACAGACAGUACAAUUUACCACCUGUUAAAGAUACGAUCGCUGUACCGAACAAUGGUUACGUAGUAUUGAGAUUCAGAGCUGAUAAUCCUGGAUUCUGGUUGUUCCAUUGUCAUUUCUUAUAUCACAUAGUCAUUGGAAUGAACUUAAUUUUACAAGUUGGAUCACAAGCCGAUUUACCGCCAGUUCCGCCACAAUUCCCAACGUGUGGUGACCAUUUACCACAGAUACCAAUUAAUUAGAUUCAACAGCAAAAAAAAACAGAGGAAACAAAUAUUUUUUUAACGAAAUGUGACAAUGUUGCGCAUCUUAAAUCAAUCCAUUCCUUUCAAAGUUCCCAUUACAUUUCCUUUUACUCCUUGUCCUUCAAAAUGAGAAGAGGUACUAUCUUUCCCACUACUAUGUUCAUAAAUCAUUGGGAAAGCAUAGACACCACUUCUUCAUCUAUGUAUUUUGUAAGAUAUUUAUUUAAAAAAACACGACAACAACGCAAAAAAACCAUUAAUUAUUAUCUCCUUCUAUCAUGCAGAAACAAUAACUCAUAACUAUUCAAUCAUUAACCUAAAAUGUAAAAAAAAUACGAAAAAAAACCCGCACAGAAAAAUCUCUAUCUUCCUGCAAAGAACGAUGUGUAUACAUUCUGGAAAGAUUUGUUUUAGUUUAAUUUUAUUAAUCAAAGGAUCGCCAUAUUUAUAUUUUCAUAUUUGUAUACUGAAAAAAAAAACGAAGAAGUCAUCCAUAAAAAAAUAUCUCAGUUUCAUACCGGUGCUCCCAAGGAAUAUUUUUAUUUCAUUCAAAAAGACUUUUCAAAAAUGCCUUUUUCAAACGAAUUUAUUUUUCCUCUUUUUCACUAAAAAUUCAAUCUUUAGAUUUUUCUUCUGCCAAUCUUACAUUCAAAACAUCAGAGCAAAAUCACAUUUUCCCCCUUUUUUUGCCCAUCAACCACACCAACUAAUAUAUGUUUUAUCAUUAUUAUCUAUUUUAGGUGUAUGUGUAUGUACAUAUGUUAGUUUACGAAGAAAAACAAAAUUUUGCAUUUUAUAUUGAACAAGUGUCCCAUUUGUUUCUGAUAUGUUUAACAUUAACAUUCAUCAGAGAUCUAAAUGGAAUCGAUUUUUGACUUGUUCGAUUUUAUAAUGUUACUUUUGAAGAAAGUGUACAUUUUUAUGUUUAGAAGAUGAUGAUGAAGGAAGUAAAUCGAAAA